AUGUUCUUCCAACCCAUACCAACUAAAGAUAAAAUUACUUUUACGAACAAAGAAGGUAAUAAGGAAACUGGCACUAAAAUCAGGUUCAGAAAUGGUUUCUGUUCAGAAGUUUUAACAUCGGUCGAUAUUCAACAAAUAGUUAAAGCCGGUGGACGAAUUAUUAAAAUAGUAGAUGGUAUAGUAUACGAAGAAAAUUUUAAAACUCCACCAUAUAGAGAUUAUAUUUUAAUUUUGAGAGAUCUAAACGAGAAGAAAAGAAAACGUUGUUACUCUAAGGAUAAGAUAUCUGUAGAAGAUUAUAUUCGAUUAGCUAGUGGACAUGAUGUGACGAAUGAAUUUAAGAAAGUAGUUAUUCCAAAGGAUGAUGAUAGACAAAAGAAAGUUUUCAGAAGUUAUCUGAAUCUCGUUAAAAGAAAAGCACCGGAUGAUGAAGGAAUCAGGUAUCCUUAUGGUGAUAAAGAUGACUUGAGUUUGGAUGAAAACUACGAAUUUGAUGAUUGCGAUUACCUUACUAUUCAAGAAGAGAAUGAAGAUUGUUAA